CUUGCUUUGCGCGUGCGCACCAAUUCCGGCGCGGCGCCGAGGUUCCGGUCAUCUGGCUUCCGCCAUCCGAGAUAACCCCUGUGCGGGCCAACCCUUAGCGCCUGCGCAGGCGGCGGCGUCCGUCCAUCACCAUGGCAGCAUUCGCUGGGGGCCCGGGGUCCUGGAGUGAAAACAUACUGGAUUAUUUUCUCAGAAACAAUCAGAUCAGGACAGAAGAUGGCGCUGAGAUCAUCUGGUAUCACGCAGCUAACCACAAGUCCCAGAUGCAUGAGGCACUGAAGAGUGCUGCCCACAUGAUAGAGGCUGAUGUCCUUCUUCCUAGUGAUGGAUCAGAGCAUGGCCAGCCGAUCAUGGCCCACCCUCCUGAGACAAACAGUGAUAACACUCUGCAGGAGUGGCUGGCUGAGGUCAUGAAGACCAACAAGGGCAUCAAGUUGGAUUUCAAGAGUCUGGCGGCCGUCAGAGCAUCCAUGCUGUUCCUGCAGAAUGUAAGGCAGCACCUGCAGCGUCCUGUGUGGAUGAAUGCUGACAUCCUUCCUGGGCCAAACGGAAGCAGCAAGGUCGUGGACGCCAGAGCCUUUCUGGACACCGUGACAUCCUUCUUUCCAGAUGUGACCUUUUCCCUGGGUUGGACAACAGGAUGGCAUCCAGAGAAAGUCAAUGAAGGUGGUGAUUCUAAUCAAGAGUUUACUCAAAAGGCCAAAUUUAAUAAUUCACCAGGAAUAAUUUGGCAUGUGCCAUGGUUUUCAUCAGUAAGGGCUCAUCUUCCUAGGAGAAGUUCGUGUACGCACAGAGAUACUAGCACAUUUCAAAGCAUUGCUUGUAAUUAUAAAGGAUGUGGAAUACUCCAAGUAUCCUCCAGUCAGAAACUGGCUGUGUAUAUUGUGGUGUACCUCAUGAUGGAGUGGUACAGCCUGACUAUUUGGACCGGAAAGGAUGACAGUUAUACCACUGAUGAUUUACUUUAUAUUCGAGACUGCUUUAAUAAAACCCAAGUUUUCUAUGAUAUUCUGGAACCACAAAACCAUGAAUUUAAACACGCCAUUGGGAUCCCAGUCUCUCUUUAAGAAUAUAAGAAUACGCUUCUUCUGAAUCAUUUUCUCUUGGUUUGAGAAUCUUUCUCUGUUUUUGUCUGAAUUAAUUGCUGUAUUAAUUGCAAUUAUUGGUUUAUGCUAAAUUUAUCCAAUCAAAAAUGCUUAUUGUGUACUUAUUCUAUCCUUAUAAUGUCUUCAUGUCUGUACGUGGCUGAAAUAUUUUACCAGCUGCAAUAAAGUUGUUUUCAAAUUAUAGUAAAAAUGUUCAAGCCAGGUGUGGUAGCACAUGCUUAUAACCCUAGGACUUGGGAACCUGAGGCAGGAAGAUCAAGAGUUCAAGGCCAGCCUGGACUAUAUUGUGAUACCCUAUCUCAAAAACAACAUUUUGUAACUUCUCUAUAAUCAUCACACAUUAAUUUUGUAAAAAAAAAAAAAAGAAUUAAUAAAUUAACUACUUUUUGAUGAAA